UCAUAAAGUAAAUUAUUGAAAAAAUUAUCCAUAAAAUUAUCGAUGGGGAAUUUUUGUUCUGAAGAGAGUGCUGAAUCGUGUGAAUGGAAAAAAGAAAUUAAGAAAUUAUGCGGUACUUAUAAUUUUUCUUGGACAUAAGCUAUUGUGUCUUAAAUUAAAAAUAUUGAAGCAAUUAGGGAUAUUUAGUUAAGAGAUAUUUAUUUGAUGAAUGCUUCAUUUUAAACAAUAAAAAUAGAAUGUUCAUAGAUGGAGGAUGAUAAGGUAUAUUAGACACAAUUAAAAAAAAUUUUUAGAAGAACAGGAUUAUCUGAGUAGUAAAUUGAAUAAUAAGAUUGUUCUAUUUCUGGGAGUCUUUUAUCAGAUACUUAAUCUUAUAUAUAUCAUGAGAAAGUAUGUUAAAUAAGUUAGUUAUCUAAAAGGAGCAUGGAAUACUUUGCACAUUUCACAGAUAUUAUAAAAUACUAAAUAAAAUCAAAUGAAAUAAGUCAACUUAUUAAGAUUUUCAAAGAAUCAUAUUUAACAGAUGAAAGUUAUUUAGAUUCAUUUAAAUAAUUUGUUGACUUUCUUUAUUAAAGUAUUGUCUCAUAUUACAAAAUUUUACAUUUCAAAAAAUAAAUGCCUGAAUAUACUUGUUUAAUUAACAAGGAUACUUUAAUAAAUUUUAUUACAAAUUGUCUACUCUAAGAUAUUGAACUUUAUGAUAAAAUAUAUAAUAAAAUAUAUGAGGAAUUGUAGGAAUAAUGUUAACUUACAAAAAGAAAGAUGAUUGAAAAUGAUAAUCUUUCAACUCGUGAAAUGGGUAUAUCAAGAGAAUUUUAAUUCUUAGAUGAAAAUCAACCAUACUUAUCAGCAAUUAGAAUAUUAUAAAAAAUAUAAUAAAAAUAUGGACCUGCAAGUAAAGCAAAAGUGAUUUUAAAAAUGUCUUAAGUUGUUACAACUUGUAUGACAAAAGGAAGAGGAAAAAGUCUCUUAUUAGCCUCAGAUGAUAUGUUACCAGUUUUAAAAUAUGUAAUUAUCAAAUCUAAAAUUUAUGACAUUCAUGUUCAUAUAUUUAUUUUAUAAAACUUACUGACUCAAAAUGUACUUUCAAGUAGCUUAGGGUAUUUUAUAACAAGUUUAUAAGCUAGUAUAGAGUCAUGA